UGCAGGAAGCAUGAAGAAGGGAGCAGACUGCACACGGGACUCGCUCGGUUACACGUUCUGCCUUGUGGGUUCUCAGUAGAGGGGGUUCUCCACACCGGGUCACUCGGGUUCUCACCGGGAUCCUUUCCCCCACAACUCCCCCCACAACCCCCCCCCCCCGGAGCUCUCAGCUCGUGGAACCCGCGCGCGCUGCUGCCGCUGGUUUCUCUUCUCUCUUUUCUUUUUUGUACACCUCUUUUCCACACACCGUGCGUAAUUUCUAUCCAAGGAUCGAGGAGGAGGUGGAGGAGGAGGAAAGAAGAAGAAGAAGGCGACAUCACAACAACACGAGGACGAGGAACCCAGACAGAGAGAGAGAGAGGGGGAGAGAGAGAGAGAGAGAGAGAGAGAACUGGGUGGAAGCAUGAACGCCGUGUUGGAGAUCUGCUGCCUGGUCCUCACGCUGCUCCCUCCCGGCGGGCUGAGCCUGUCCACACAUGUAGCGGUGAUAUACCCCCAGGACCCGGUCCUGCGCAUGGGGUCCAACCUGACCGCCAGCUGCUGGGUCCACCCGGAGCUCGGCGUGCACGCCAGCUCCCUGUUCUGGACGCUCAACGGUCAACCGCUGCCCAGCUCGCUGUACAGAGUGCUGAGCCCCACCAACCUCAGCGUGACGCUGGCCGGCCUCAACGCCUCCAGGCAGACGUCCGGAGACAACCUGGUGUGCCACAACCACAAAGGACACAUCCUGGCCGGCUCCUGCCUCUACGUCGGCAUGCCUCCGGAGAAGCCGGUCAACCUGACCUGCUGGUCCAGGAACACCAAAGACCUGACUUGCAGCUGGGCCCCAGGAGGAAGAGGAGAGACUAACAUCAGCACACAGUACACACUCAAGUACAAACUCAGGUGGUAUGGCAAGGAGAAGGAGUGUGAGGACUACACGCACACGCAGCCGUACUCCUGCAGCAUCACGCGGGACCUGCACCUCUUCACGCCCUACGAGAUCUGGGUGGAGGCCUCCAACCAGCUGGGCCGGGCCGCCUCCGACUUCAUCACCCUCGACAUCCUCGACGUGGUGACCACUGACCCUCCGUCCGGUGUGACCGUGAGUCGCGUCGGCCAGUUGGAGGACCAGCUGAGCGUCCGCUGGGAGGCUCCGCCCGCUCUCAAAGACUUCCUGUUCCAGGCCAAGUACCAGAUCCGCUACAGGCUGGAGGAGAGCCAGGACUGGAAGGUGAUGGACGACGUCGGGAAUCAGACGUCUUGUAGAUUGGCCGGACUGAGACCGGGAACGGUGUAUUUUGUCCAGGUUCGCUGUAACCCGGUGGGGAUCUACGGCUCUCGCAAAGCCGGGAUCUGGAGUGAGUGGAGCCACCCCACUGCUGCAUCCACACCCCACAGUGAGCGGCUGACCCCGGGCUCGUGUGACUCCAAGUCCAGCGGGGACUCUAACUCCACCCUCCGGCGUGAGCUGAAGCAGUUCUUCGGGUGGGUGCGUAAGCACGCCUACGGGUGCAGCAGCAUGUCCAUGAAGCUGUACGACCAGUGGAGGGUGCUGAUGCAGAAGUCACACAAAGCUCGCAACCAGGUAGGUUCUCCAAGGGGAUAAAUCCUAGCACACGCUGGAAGUGAGAGAGAGAGUGUGUGUGUGUGUGUGUGUGUGUGUGUGUGUGUGUGUGUGUGUGUGUGUGUGUGAAGGAGAGAUCGUGUUCGUAUAACGGGAAUUAUAAGACAUUUUGCUCCGGACGUUUUGUGCCGAUAACCAGCCGAGAGGACAGAAGCUCUUCAUCAUGUUCUCACCUGUGUGAGAAGAUGUCUCCGGUCUCCUCUGUGGAGCUCCUCCCGUGGACCCAAAGCACCAUCUAGUGGUGGAGCUCCUCCCGUGGACCCAAAGCACCAUCUAGUGGUGGAGCUCCUCCCGUGGACCCAAAGCACCAUCUAGUGGCGGAGCUCCUCCCGUGGACCCAAAGCACCAUCUAGUGGUGGAGCUCCUCCCGUGGACCCAAAGCACCAUCUAGUGGCGGAGCUCCUCCCGUGGACCCAAAGCACCAUCUAGUGGUGGAGCUCCUCCCGUGGACCCAAAGCACCAUCUAGUGGCGGAGCUCCUCCCGUGGACCCAAAGCACCAUCUAGUGGUGGAGCUCCUCCCGUGGACCCAAAGCACCAUCUAGUGGCGGAGCUCCUCCCGUGGACCCAAAGCACCAUCUAGUGUCGGAGCUCCUCUCGUGGACCCAAAGCACCAUCUAGUGGCGGCUCGGCCUCCACCGGAUCCCCCAAACCCAAAAAGUACUAAAACGCUGACGCGGUAUUUCCAGCUGUGUGUGUGUUUCUGAGAACACGUGUUUAUUUUUGUACUGAGUCGUAGCCGCCUAUUUAAAUCUGUAUAAAGUGAUGUUUUCAUGUCUUAAGUUAUGUUAUUAGUUAGUAAAGAAAUAUCAAUGACUGAA